AUGACUUCGAAGUCCGGAUACUCCUUCGAGCGCCUCGACAAAGACAAAGCUCUCCUCCUAAUAGUCGACCACCAAAUCGGCCUCCUCCAGCUCGUAAAAGACUACACCACCGCCGAAUUUCGCAACAAUGUCUUCGCGCAUGCUGAGUUGGGCAAACUGUUCGACCUGCCGGUAAUAAUGACGACCUCCGCCGAAACAGGCCCCAACGGGCCUCUUCCCAGGGAGAUCCUGUCCAUGUACCCCAACGCGCCCUUGAUCAAGCGUCACGGCGAGGUGAACGCGUGGGAUAAUGCUGAGUUUCGUGCCGCGGUUGAGGCUACCGGCCGAACUCAGAUCAUUCUUGGUGGGAUCGUGACGGAAGUGUGUACUAUGUUUUUGGCUUUGAGUUUGAGAGAGGCAGGAUACAGUGUAUGGGCGAAUACCGAAGCGAGUGGGACAGCGACGCCGAAGUUGGCGGAAGAUGCGAAUCGAAGGAUGAGUGAUGCUGGUGUUUUGUUGAACGGAAUCUUCGGCAUAGUCUGCUUCCUCAUGAAAGACUGGCGCAACACCCCCGGCUCCGCCGAGGUCCUCCCCUACCUCGACAAGUACUUCCCAGCGUAUGGUCUCGUUGCGCGAUCGCACGGCUCUGCGCAGAAGGAGGGCGAGAUCCAGCCGGGCCAGGCGGAGCUGCUUGGAUGA